GAGUUAAGAGCUUAUUAUUUAGCUUACGAGAUUUACUAUGCUGCGGUGAUAUUGAAGUUUUCUUUAAAACUAAUCGAUUUUUAGCAGUGCUCUUGAUCUAGAUUCUAGAUCUAUAACUUAAUUUGAAUCACGUAAGCUUUGAUUACUGAUCUCACACUACCUAUAGCCAUUUACACGUUAAGAUGCAGAAAUCAGGGCAAGCUAUGAAGCUGUAUACUUUCAUUUUGGUACUGUUUAUCAUCACCACUGUUUACUGUAGUGCCAUUCCUACAAACGAAAAGAAACAGAGAGUCCAAGACAAGCCUCUAAGUGAUGAGGAACAUGAAGUUCAUGGUGAGCACAACAAUGAUUAUGACCAUGAUGCUUUUCUUGGUCAUGAAGAAGCAGAGACUUUUGAUCAGUUGUCACCAGAAGAAAGCAAGAGAAGAUUGGCUAUCAUCGUAGACAAGAUUGAUAAGGACAAAGAUGGUGAAGUAACAGAGCCAGAGCUGAAAGAAUGGAUUCAGUAUGUACAAAGACGUUACAUUGUCACAGACACUGAUCGCAUGUGGAAAGACCAUGCACCUGAUGAUGAUAACUCUCUAUCUUGGGAAUCUUAUCAGAAACGUACUUUUGGUUACAGUGAUGAACCAGUUGAGGGUGCUCCUACUUAUGAAUACAAAGACAUGAUCAUGAGAGACAAAAGAAGGUGGCACCAAGCAGAUAAAAAUGGUGAUGGUAAAAUGACAAAAGAGGAGUUCCAAGAUUUUCUUCAUCCUGAGGAAGCUGAACACAUGAGGGGUAUUGUUGUUGAUGAAACACUAGAGGAUAUUGAUAAAGAUGGAGAUGGUUAUAUAAGUUUACAAGAAUAUAUUGAUGAUAUUUGGGGUGAUGAUGACGAAGAUGAUGAAAAUGACCCUGAGAAUGAAGGCGAACCAGAUUGGGUGAAAUCAGAAAGGGAACAGUUUGCAAAUUUUCGUGACAAAGAUCAUGAUGGGAGACUUGAUAAACAUGAAAUAAGGGAAUGGAUUAUUCCAGAAGAUUAUGAUCAUAGUACUGCCGAGGCUGAGCACCUCAUUCGAUCCUCUGAUGAAAAUAGGGUUGGUGACAUGUGGCCUCGUACCCCUGAAGAAGAAGGGAAAGAAGAACCUGAUUGGGUUAAAUCAGAACGCGAACAAUUUGCUAAUUACCGUGAUAAAAACAAGGAUGGGAAAAUGGACAAGGCAGAAGUAAUGGAGUGGAUAAUCCCCCAUGAUUAUGAUCACUCACGAGCAGAAGCUAUACACCUGAUUUUUGAAUCAGAUACAGAUAAGGAUGGCAAGCUUAGCAAAGAGGAAAUUUUGGACAAAUAUGACUUGUUUGUAGGAAGCCAAGCUACAGAUUUUGGUGAAGCUUUAACUAAACAUGAUGAGUUUUAACCAGUGUAUUUGCUAGUUUAUAGAAAUGAACAUUUCCUAAAUAUUUCUGAUAGUGAAGUUAAUAAACUUUGACAAAAAAAUAGCAGUUCAUAUUUAACAAAAGAGAUGGUUAGAACCAUUGAGUCUCAGUAGAACAGUUAGUAUUAAUAUGUUAGUUACAAAAGGUAAAUGAUGGUAGUUUAUUAGACUUGGCACAUAAGAUACCCUCUCAACAAACCGAUGUUUGACUAAACCAUAUUGAUUUUGAUUUGUUUAAACUAUUAGAUUGCUAUCUUUGCAUUUAGAGAUACCUAAUGCCGUAAAUUAUUAUCACAGGGAGCAGACUACCUCUCUGAUAUUGUAUAUAGCUUCACUCAAUUGAUAUUAUACCAUAGCGAUAUGGUUUUUUUAAAAACAAAAAGUAUUCUUUUAUAAUGUCUGCAGUUAAAGCAUUUGAUUUCAAUCCCUGGUAGAAUUUUCUUUUAAAACCUUUGUUCAUCCUUGAAUUUAGUAUAUCCAAGGUAACCAUUACAUUACAUGUUUAUGAACCAACCAUAUCAGUAACUAAAUACAAAUAAUCUGACCUAGAGUACCAUUUUGAAUCAGUGUAUAUAAAAUGGUUACCACUAAUUGAAAUCCGUCCUUAAGAUGUACUUGUAAUUUUUAUUACCGAAGUAACAUUAUUCUGUUACAGUCCAAUUUUAAAUCCCCUAAUUAAUUGAUUUUCUAAAAAUAUCAUGUCAUAAACAUCUGAUCUAUUUGGUUGAAUUUAAUUGCUGUCAUUACUGAAAAACAAAUCUCAUUGUUCAUUUUUUAAUACAUUUGUGACACUUAAGAGCUGCAACAAAAAAGUUUGUUGAAUAAUCUGAACAAAGGUUCUAGAUGUCAAAUUUUUUUGCCUUGAUUGUAACAUUUUGUUCAGUCAGCAGCUAAUGUUUAAUGUUUUUUUUUAUACAUUCAGUAUUUAGUUAUAAAUCAUUCAUCGAAUUCAUAAGAAAUUAUUGUUUUAUGUUAAAAGAUUAACAGGAUAGUCUUAGCAAUUGUAUUAUUAUUAGAAUAUCACUCUUGUUAAUUUAUACACACAAUUUACACAAAUUUCUUGUGUAUUUUUAACCAUACAAAAAAGUGGAAUUGUACUAAUUCAUAUAUUCUGCACAUUAAUUUAGAAUCAAAAUUUUCUUUUUAGCACUUCUUUAUGUCAUGUGUAUACCUAGUUAUAAAAUGUUUUAUUCAUUUAAAAAAAAACUUAACUUUUCAUGUAUCAUCAACCUAUGUUACUCAAUUUAAGCAAGAUAUUUAUAUGCUUGAUUAUCUUAGUUUUCUACCUUAGAAUACCUUAAACGUAUAACCAAAUUUAUUACAUAAGAAAUGCAUAUAAUUAUGUAAUAUCUAGGAUAGUGAAUAUAUAGGCCUAAUCAUGUAGAAAAAAACUUAACAAAAGAAUUUUAGAUGUUGUUUUAAAAUGGUUUGAUCAUUUUAUUUGCUAAAAUAUUAAGUAAUUAUUUUUUUUUUUGCUUGAGCAAUAACAAUUUUAUGUUGCCACAACUAGGCUAUUGUAAAAAAAACCAAAGUGAUGUAUGUUUUACAGUGAUUCAUUUGAUUUUGUUUUUAGACUGAGCCAGCCAAUUUGAUUGUUUUACUCACUAACAAUGGUGCUCAUUUGCUGCUUGCCUACUACAAUGUACCUGCUGUUUUGACUUACUUCCACUCUAUUGUUGUUUGACUUUACCAAACCUGAAGCUUCCCACUGUUUCACUUAAUAUUAUGUUCCUUUUUGUUUACUUAACACAGUAAUGUUGAUUUGUUAGUAAGAGGUGCAGUGAGGAUAAAAUUAAGAACCAAAAUUUUUAGAAAUGAUUUUAAUCAUUGUUUAGAUAUGUGACUACAUUUGUAAUAUAAAAUUGUAUAGAUUGGUUACAAGCAACUGAGAAAGAUCUGUGCCAUUAUUAGUUAAUUGAAACUAAACAUUGAGGCUUCUAUUUUGUUGUCUAAUUUGCUGCCAACUAUUUAGUUGGUUUUAGCCUUUUAUUAAAGAGAUUAUUAAAGAGAUAGACAAAGCUUAACCCAAUAUAACCCAGCUUACAGUUGUACACUGCCACUAGUAUAUUCUGGUUUAGUAUCUAAAAUGAUAGUGCUGUUUGUAUAAAAAAUAUAACAGUUGCUUGACAAAGACUGUUUUUAAUUUCCACCUACAAUGACUAUCAGUAUUCUUUUAAUUUAUCCUGAGAUUGUGUUAGCCAAAUGUUUUGAACCUAACUAAUGAUGUGUUCUGUUUAUGUGUAUCAUAUGUACAUUCUCUAUUGAACAUGAAUUAUGUGUGCAAGUUGAUGUGUCUAGUCAGUCAAUUGUAUAUACAAAACAGAAGUUUACUCACUUCCUCCAAUGAUCAAAUGAUAGUUUGAAAGAUGCUUUUAACCCUUUAGCUGCUACAGAUUUGUAUGUAUGCAUGUCUACAUAAAAUGUAUUCAUGAAUCUGUACAAGAACCACUAAUAACAAGAUGGUGAUGAUGGCAAAAUAACAUUUACACCUUUUAAAAAAUAUAUAUUAAUUAUUCUUUGAAACAUUUAAAAAAAUUGAAUAUUGUAUAACAGGAGUUGUAUCCCUUACCAAUUGUAAUUAGAUGGUUCAAGUAACUUUGUGCUGCAUGAUAAAACUGUGUGUUGCAUGCUAACAUUCUACCUUUUGUAUGUGUAUCACAUGUCACCCAAUGUGCCACUAUGGAGAUGGUGUUCAUGGUAACAAAAGCACUGUCUUCUAUUGUACCACACGACAUUGUGUUCUGGCUAUAGGCCACAAGAUAAUAAAACCUGGACUUUAAUGGCAUGGACCCUGAAUGAUCAAAAAAAUGUUUUCUUACUUUUUUAAAUGAUGUAUUUGAAUGCAUAGCUCUGAAUAAAGACGUAUGAAGUUUUA